AUGCCGAAAAGUUCCGCGGAAGCUCCUGCAACAUCACCUGGAAGCGCUGAGUUCGGAAAUUCAGCCACAUCCUCGACUCCUGUAGUGAAGAAGGAGAAGAAGAAGCGGAAGUUGCAGGAGAAGAUCAAGAUGGAGAUCGAGACGCUCGUCCACCGCCGAGGCCUGGCCAAAGGUAAGGUGACAAAGAUACUCAAAGCUAUUCGCCCCACGGAGACUGCGGAAGUUCGCCAGCUAAGCGAGCCGCAAGUUCAUGUCUACAUGAAAAAGUUGGAAACCGCUCAGAAGGAGUACAUGUCCAACCACGAAUCCAUCCUGGCCAUGGUCGACAUGGAGGGUCGUAAGCAGGCUGACAAGCAUUACGAAGAAUUUGACGACCUCCAUGACAAAGUGGCCCUCAUGCUCGAAGAGCAGUUGCUCGGGUUCAAUGCCACAAGGGCAAACGCAACCUUGAACGCAACUGCACCCCCACAAGCCCCUCAACCCCCUGUCAUUGUUCACCAGCCCUUGAGAAUGCCAAUCCCCUCGUUCGACGGCCGCUACGAGAGUUGGCCGAAGUUCAAGGUCCUGUUCAAGGAAGUGGUCGACAAGGCGCCCGAUCCGCCAGCAGUGAAGCUCUACCAUCUGGAACACGCGCUGGUGGGGGGUGCAGUUGGGUCGAUCGACGCGAAGACCAUCAGCGAGGGCAACUACGCCCAUGCCUGGGAAAUUCUAGAGGAAAAGUACGGCAACAAGCGUCAUGCGAUCGACAGACACAUCAACGGGCUGCUGAACCUGACGAAGAUGAACAAGGAGAACCACGUCGAGUUGAGAGGCCUGGUGGACGAGUGCACAAGGCACGUAGAGAGUCUGAAGUUCCUGGAACAGGAGUUCACGGGAAUAUCAGAGCUGAUUGUGGUCCAUCUGCUCGGCGCAGCGCUGGACAAGGACACUAGAAGACGCUGGGAGUCGGAGGUCAAGAAAGGUGAACUGCCCCAGUACGAUCAGAUGUUGGAGUUCCUGAAGGCCCAGUGCUUCGUCAUGGAGCGUUGCGAGGACCUGAAACCAAAGCAGCCAACGGUCCAGCCCAAGCCGGCCGUCAAGUCCAGCCAGAAGUCGUACGCCGUGUCCACGUCCGAGUCCGAGACCAGGUCGGAAGACAGGUGCGACAUCUGUGGCAAGGGCCACAAGAACCACGCCUGCCCGGAAUUCAAGGCACUUCCGUUGCAGCAAAGAUUGGUCAAGGUUCGGGAGCACAACCUGUGCUUCAACUGUCUAAAGAAGGGACACCCCAGCAAGAAGUGCACUUCACCGGGAACCUGCUCGAAGUGCAAACGACGUCACCACAGUCUGCUCCACUCCGAAGAACGCCCCAAGUCGGAACAGAAGGUGACACAAGCACCGCCGGAACAAGCCCCGGAGGUCAAGAAGCAAGAAGCAGCUCAGCUGACAACCGCGAGUUGCCACAACGAGACGCCAACCCAACAGGUGCUGCUUCUCACGGCAGUGGUGGACAUAAUGGAUCGAAACAACAAGGCCCACCCCUGCAGAGUUUUAUUGGACAGUGCGUCACAAGCUAACCUCAUCUCGAGGGCCAUGGUGGAGUCGCUGGGCUUGAAGCAGUUUCCGUCCAACGUCACCGUGGCAGGAAUCGACGGCACGAAAACCCACGCUUCAUCGGGCAGCGUGGUCCAACUUCGUUCGAGGUACUCCAGCUUCAGCGCGAACAUCAAGUGUUUGGUCACGGAGAGGGUCACGGCCGACCUUCCCACGUCCGCAGUGAACGUGCGCAGCUGGGAGCUGCCACCUGGAGUACAACUUGCGGACCCGUCUUUCCACCAGCCUGGGAAGGUGGAUCUGCUACUGGGCAAUCAACUGUUCUUGAAGUUGCUGAUGCCCGGAGAAGUGCAUUUGGCGGAACACCUGCCAAUGCUACGCGAGACUCAGUUCGGCUGGGUCGUUGGUGGCGUGUGCGAUGAAGAAGACGAAGCUGCAGCAGUGGUUCACUCGCACUCAGCCACACUGGAAGACUUGAACCGCACCGUUCAACGUUUUUGGGAGCUGGAAGAAUACGAAAGUGAUGUGAAAGUGUCAAGUGAAGAAAGUGAAUGUGAGCUGCACUUCACGGAAACACACCGUCGGGAUGCAACUGGGAGGUACGUGGUGGAGCUUCCGCUCAAAGAGUCGGUCGCCGAGCUCGGCGAUUCACGUACGAUGGCGCUGCGAAGAUUCUACGCUCUGGAGAGAAAGCUUGCACAACAGCCGGAGUUGAAGAAGCAGUACGUCGAGUUCAUGGAAGAGUACGAGAAGCUUGGACACUGCAAGGAGAUACAAGAAGGUGAAGAUCCAGCGGGACUCAAGAAGUGGUACCUGCCUCACCACGCCGUUCUUCGCCCGUCGAAUACUACCACCAAGUGCCGCGUGGUGUUCGACGCAUCCGCCAAAGUGAACGGCCUCUCUCUCAACGAUGUGAUGAAGGUAGGUGACCUAAACCAAAGCUCCCUUGUCUCGAUCGUUCUUCGCUUUCGCUUCCCCCGCUACGUGCUGACCACAGACGUGGCCAAGAUGUAUCGGCAAGUCCUUGUCGAUGAAAGGCACACGCCGCUGCAGCGCGUGUUUUGGAGAACCGAUCCAACGAAACCGCUUAGGGUGCUAGAGUUGACGACGGUCACCUACGGCACUGCAUCCGCACCAUUUCUGGCCACACGAGCGCUCCAGCAGCUGGCCAGAGACGAGAAGCAUCGAUUCCCACUAGCAGCCAAGAUCAUCGAGGAAGACUUCUACGUCGACAACGCGCUGUUCGGUUUCGACGACAUUUCACAAGCUUCCGAAGCGCAAUCGCAGCUGAUCCAACUGUGCAAGGCAGGCGGAUUUGAGUUGCACAAGUGGUCGUCGAACAGUCCGGAACUCUUGGAGGCCAUUCCGGAAGCCGAUCGGGAGGAGCUUGUCAGCGUUGGUGGAACUGGAACCAAGGAGGUGAUCAAGGCUCUGGGUCUGCUGUGGAACCCCGCGGCGGACGAACUACAAUUUGCGCCGCUGCCUUCCGAGCGAGGCGGGCGGCCAACGAAAUCGCAAGUGCUCUCGCGUGUCGCGAGCAUCUUCGACCCGGCCGGAAUCGCUGCGCCAGUGGUUCUCGUCGGCAAGUUAUUGAUGAAGCGUAUCUGGGAAAAGGAGAUUGGAUGGAAUCAGCAGAUACCUGAAGAGCUAGUGAAGGAGUGGGAGAACUUCCUGGAUGCAAUCCGGGACCUCGACAAGAUUCGAGUGCCGCGUAGGGUGGUGGCUACGAACGCCGCUGCUAACGAGCUGCACGGGUACGCCGACGCGUCGAAGCACGCGUACGGAGCUUGCGUGUACGUGAAAUCGAUCAUCCCAGGGAGCCCCGCGGAACUGAACCUGCUGUGCGCCAAAUCGAAAUUGGUUCCAAAGACGGUGAAAACGAUCCCACGGAGUGAGCUGCUGGCCGCACGCUUGCUGCACCGGUUGGUCAAGAACGUCCUGGAGGCGGUGGACUUCGUCUUCAGGAAAAUUGUGCUGUGGUCUGACAGCCAGGUCGUGCUUGCUUGGCUAAAAAAGAAACCUGAUCAACUGGAGGUGUUUGUGAAAAAUCGGGUUGCUGAGAUUGUCGCUACCGGCGGUAUUUUCGAGUGGAAGUAUGUGCGCACUGCAGACAACCCUGCAGAUAUCGUUUCACGCGGUAUGUCUGCAACCAAGCUAGCAACCAACGAGAAAUGGAAGAAGUGCGCAGAGUACCAGCGAAGUGAGAUCUGCGAAAUGGAGGAACCAGAGCCGCUGCCAGAUGACGCCGUUCCAGAGCUUCGUCGUGCUGUGGUCGUAAGCGCGGCCAUCCAGUACGAAACAUUUCAACCAACGUUCGAGAGGAUCGAAUCGUUUCGAGAGCUGCAGCGCAUCUUCGCCUACGUCGUGCGGUUCUGCCGCAACUGUAAGGAGAAGGUCAAGGAAAGGCGGAUCGUGUCAAGGUACCCUACGAUCCCAGAGAUGCGCGAGUCGCAGAAGGCGAUUUUGCGAGCGGUGCAACACCUGGAGUUCGCCGCCGAAAUAGCCAGCCUCGAGAAAGGUGAGUCCUCCAAGAAACUAAAUUGUUUGAACCCAUUUCUGGACGAUGGGUUGUUGCGUGUGGGCGGUCGCCUGCGCCAUUCGCGGCUGCCGUACGCAACCAAGCACCAGUGGAUACUGCCGCAGCACAACAAGGUGGUGCAGAACCUGGUCAGAUGCAUUCACAAGGAGAACUUGCAUGCUGGCCCGCUGGCAUUGCUGGCGGCAGUUCGCCGGCAAUUCUGGAUACCCAACGCUCGUUCGGUGGUACGCAAGAUCACACGGAGCUGCGUGCAGUGUUUCAAGGUCAGUCCCACGACAGCCAAGCAGUUUAUGGGAGACCUGCCAACGAGUCGCUGCGACAGAGCUCCAGCGUUUCAGAAGGUUGGCCUGGACUUCGCGGGCCCGUUCCUCAUCAAGCAAGCUGGACGGAAGGCGGCCCCGGUCAAGGGUUACGUGUGCGUGUUCGUGUGCAUGGUAACGAAGGGAAUCCACCUGGAGGCGGUCGAGAGCCUGUCGACUGAAGCAUUCAUCGCUGCGCUGCUACGGUUCGUGUCCCGCCGUGGUCUACCCGAGGAGCUUUUUUCUGAUAACGGGACGAACUUCGUCGGCGCCAAGCACGAGUUACACGACCUGUACAAGCUGUUCCAGGAUCAGCUGACGGAGAGAAAGAUUUUUGAGUUUUGCCAGCCGCGCGAGAUUCAAUGGAGUAUGAUCCCCCCUGGCGCACCGCACAUGGGAGGAAUUUGGGAAGCAGGAGUCAAGAGCACCAAGACGAUCCUGAAGAAGGUAUGCAACACUGCGUUACUCACGAUGACGGAAUUUGCUACCCUGCUCUGCCAGAUUGAGGCGCAACUCAAUUCGCGGCCUCUGUACGCGCAGUCCGAGGACCCAUCGGACCCCGAACCGCUAACGCCGGGACAUUUUUUGAUUGACCGUCCGCUGACGGCAAUACCAGAGCCAACCUACGAGGAGAUUCCUACAAAUCGACUGUCCCGCUGGCAGUACGUCCAGGUGCUCCGUGACAACUUUUGGAAGCGCUGGUCACGGGAGUAUCUGGUGGAACUUCAAGCUCGGGGAAAAUGGACCAGAAAGAUGGUCAACGUGCGCAAGGGCAUGGUUGUCAUGAUCAAGGAGGACAACUUGCCACCCCAAUCGUGGAGACUCGGAGUGGUUACCGAAACUUACCCGGGUCCGGACAAGAUGGUUCGAGUCGUCGACUUGCGAACACGUUCCGGAAUAUUGAAGCGGCCGAUCCACAAGCUGGCACCGCUGCCAAUUCUGGACAACGCCGAGACUACAGCCGCUUCCGGUGGGGAGGAUGUUCGGGCCGAAAGCUGUCAGCCCGAAGAAAUGUUUACAACUGAGCAGUGUCCAACCCCACGGCUACUGCGAUCGACGACAAAGCUGGCAACCGCGCGCCGUUGA